AUGGAGGCCUAUAAGAAAUUGAAGGCGCGCAAGAGCAAGCACACGCACAUCAAGCCGCCCAAGAAGGAAAAAAAGAAGCCUGCCACAGUAGCCAAACCUGCGCAGGCUAGUGCCGCCCCCCACGAGCGUCGAAGACCGGAGACCGUGAUCGAUGAAGAAGAGAUUCAGGAGCGCAAGAUUUACAGUCGCAGAAAGGUGUCGAGCAAUGCCUACCGCUACGAGCUCGAGGAGGCGAGUGCCGCGGGGGGCGAGGGUGGCGUCGACGCGGAGAGGAGCAGAGCCCCCUCGCUCAAGGAGCUGCUCGAAAACGCUGCGAGCAAGGACCCUUCAUCCCACUUUCGGUUCAGGGAGGAGCGUGAGUGGAACGAGAUCGCCAAGACGGCUGCGCACACCAAGGCAUGCCACCCGAAUCCUUCUCUCCCGUUGCUUCUGCACUCUUGCGACUCUGAACCACAGCUGCUCACCCCCUGCGCAUGCGGCCCGGUGGCGGGCCUCGACUUUGAAAAGCUGGGCCGCAGUUUGGCCACCCUCCCAUUAGCCGUGCGAUUGCAGCUCGAGGGCGAUCUGUUCGGCAAGCCCGUGGGCGGGGAGGCGGACGAGAGCUGCUCCUCGGACGAGGAGAGCGAAAGCGAAAGCGAAAGCGAAGCGGAGGAGGUAGAGCCCUCGGGCAGCGAAAGCAGGGCUCGGGCGGAAAAGAAAGUGCCAACGCCGGACGAGCGCUCGCCGUCAACCGAACCCAGCCGACAGCAGCCACUUCUGCCCGAGGCCGUGCGACGACCCCUCGCCUCCGCGCAGGAAGCGAAGGCGGACAUCAACGAGGAAGACCUCCUCGAGGAGCUUUUGGGAAUGCCUAGCGAAGAAGUCGCAAGCCAGGCCACCACCGCACCAUCACUGUCGUCAUCAUCAGGCAACGAUGCGGCGGCCGCGGCCCAGCAGACGUCAGAGGGCGGCGGCGACCUCGAGUCGUGGCUUGACUCAGUGAUCUGA